GGCUCAAGCAGUUGGGAUUCUAGCAACCGCGCGGCCGUGAGCGGCCAUGGAUUGGGACUACCUGGCUGGCUUUAUCCUCUUCUGCCUCUUCCUUUCUGCCAUCUUCGCCGCCUUGGGGCAGGUGGGCCGCAACUCCGGUGCCAUCAAGCACUGAGACGAUGCUCGCGCAGCGCGCACGGUUCGCCUUCGCCGGCGCCUCGCGUAUCGCCGGGCAUCGCUGCAUUGUGGCGCGGGCAGCCCAAGAGCGGACCGGCGUGGUAAAGGUGCUUCAGGACCAGGUGGCCGGAAAGUUUGCAAAGAGCGCGCAGGGCUCGCCCCCCAACAUCUCCACCGCGCAGAUGGUGCAGAUGUUCUUCGAGCUGGGCGUGGCCGAUGUGAAAACCCAGAGCGUGGGUGACAUUGUGAACUAUCUCACGGAGCAUGGCUUCUACUGCAAGACGAACCCAAGUAAAAAGGACUCCUACGGGGUGAUGCCGCCCCCCACGGUGGGCUUGCGAGAGAGCCAGCGAUGGGCAACUCUUCUGCUGAUGCGCCGCCUGGGGCCCACCGCGCACUCAUUGCCGCGCAAAGCAGCGCCCAAAGCGCCGCAAGCCACACGGCCGCCGUGCGUCGCGGUGAAUUGCCGGUGCCCGGCGGGGAGCUGCAUUCUGAUGCAGAUGAAGAAGAAGUGAGGGUGAGGUGCCUGUAGGCCAGCGAGCGAGAGAUUUGCACAAGACAAGCAAAGAGGGCAAACGAGAUGUGGCAUGAAGAGCAGAAGCGCAAUGCAGACAGGCCUGGGGUCCUCU